AUGACGAGCGGUAACAUUGGCACAUGGCAGAAGAACCCCGGCGACAGUCUAAACCCUGGAGAUGUGCUGGUCGAAAUUGAGACCGAUAAGGCGCAGAUGGACUUCGAAUUCCAAGAGGAGGGCGUGCUCGCAAAGAUUUUGAAGGACAGCGGGGAGAAGGAUGUACCGGUCGGGAACCCUAUCGCCGUUAUGGUGGAGGAGGCUGGUGACGUUGCGGCAUUCGAGGAGUUCACCGUGGAGGACGCUGGUGGAGACAAGGGCGCGGAGAAGAAGGAGGAAGGGAAGAAAGACGCUGGAGGUGAAGCGGCAGAGAGCAGUGAGCCCCCGGAAUCAGGCUCAAAAACUGCACCACCGCCGAAAGAGGAGGCAGCACCUGCCGCGCAGGAGUCGGAGAGCUCAGGCGAGCGGUUACAAACCUCUCUCGAACGUGAGCCUAGCAUCAGCCCUUCGGCGAAGAAGCUCGCGCUGGAGAAGGGCGUACCAAUUGCACAGCUGAAGGGCACCGGCCCUGGCGGGCGUGUCACCAAGCAAGACGUUGAGAAAUUCAAGCCCGCCGCACCAGCAGCCGCCGCAGCAGCUCCAGCCGGCGGAGCACCGAUCUACGAAGACACCCCCGCCUCUUCCAUGCGCAAGACCAUCGCCGCCCGCCUCACGCAAUCCUUCAACCAGAACCCACACUACUUCGUCUCUUCCUCGGUCUCCGUCUCGAAACUCCUCAAACUCCGCGCCGCUCUUAACUCAUCUGCCGACGGCAAGUACAAGCUUAGCGUCAACGACUUCCUCAUCAAAGCUGUCGCCGUCGCCGCACGCAAAGUGCCUGCGGCCAACUCCAGCUGGCGGGAGGAGGGUAGCGGCGGCAACGUCGUGAUCCGACAACACAACACUGUGGACGUCAGCGUCGCCGUGGCCACACCUGUUGGUCUGAUGACGCCUAUUGUCAAGAACGCAAUCGGCUCGGGUCUCGAGACCAUCUCCGCCAGCAUCAAGGACUUGGGCAAGCGGGCAAGAGACGGCAAGCUCAAACCUGAGGAAUACCAGGGCGGCACCAUCACGAUCUCGAACAUGGGCAUGAACGACGCAGUGGAGCGAUUUACUGCGGUCAUCAACCCUCCGCAAGCGACGAUCGUGGCCGUUGGCGCGGUAAAGAAGGUUGCGAUACCCAAGGAGGGCGAGGAGGAGAGUGUUGAGUGGGAUGAGCAGAUCGUGUUGACGGGCAGCUUUGACCAUAAGGUCGUGGACGGCGCGGUCGGAGGCGACUUCAUGCGGGAGCUGAAGAACGUGAUCGAGAAUCCCCUGGGGUUGAUGCUGUGA